UUAUCAAGUUCCUAUACCCGGCCUCUUGAGCAUCGUGGCGAAGAGAAAGACCGAGGCUUAGCGGCUCGUAUUUACCGAUUAUUCUUCAGUGCCAGUCCUCGCAACGAGAAUACCACAACUCUUUCGCAUGGUCCGACCGAGACUUCUCCUCUUUUGGGGUCCGAUGCUUCCCAUGGCGUUGCAUCAAUUGCAAAUAUUACCGAGGAUUACAUCGAGUCACAACUGGGCCAAAUAACAGUAAUCGCUGAAACCGGCGUUACUUGGCAACAUGAGGCCAAAGUCCUCGCCUCGCACGCGGCGCCCCUCAUCGUAACAUUUCUCCUCCAGUACUUGAUCGACAUAUCAAGCAUCAUCGCUGUAGGGAGGCUCGGCAAGAUCGAAUUGGGAGCUGUUUCCUUGGCCAACAUGUCAGCAUCGAUCUCGUGUUUUGCAGUGUUCCAAGGCCUAGCAACAAGCUUGGAUACUCUGUGCUCCCAAGCUUACGGAUCCGGAAAUAAGCAUCUCGUCGGACUUUACUGUCAACGAAUGACCCUCUUCCUCCUCUGCUUAUCGGUCCCGAUGGCUGUACUAUGGCUCAACUCCGAGUACAUCAUCAUGAGGCUCGUUCAUAACGCCGAAAUCGCUCGCCUGACUAGUACAUACCUCCACAUUCUGAUCUUCGCUCUUCCGGGAUAUGCCUUCUUCGAAACUGGCAAGCGGUUUCUUCAAGCUCAAGGGCUUUUCAGAGCCACGACUUACGUUAUUCUCAUCGGAGCACCUGUUAAUGCUAUGCUACAGUGGCUGCUAGUGUGGAAGCUCAAACUGGGGUUUAUAGGUGCCCCGAUAUCUGUUGUUCUUACAAGGACAUUGCUGCCCAUACUUCUCGUUCUUUAUACUAAGCUCUUUGACGGCUCCGAGUGCUGGGGAGGUUUUAGCAAGCGAGCACUUACUAAUUGGUGGGUGAUGAUUCGCCUAGCCAUUCCAGGCAUGAUCAUGGUGGAAGCUGAAUGGCUUGCUUUCGAGAUCAUGACAGUCAUCUCAAGUCGAUUUGGUACAGAAUAUCUCGCCGCGCAAAGCAUUUUGAUUACCCUCACGACGAUCUCAUACCAAAUUCUUUUCCCUGUCUCCAUCGCUGCAUCCACGAGAGUGGCAACCCUUAUCGGCGCUGGACGGAUCAGUGCCGCAAAAGUUGCUGCCAGGGUGGCUAUCGCCUCUUCUUGUAUAUGCACCCUGGCAAUUAUUAGCACGUACAUGACGUUUCAAUAUCGGCUACCAUUUAUAUUUACCGACGACGACGCUGUAGCUACGCUCGUCACCCUCGUCUUGCCACUGGUUGCCGUCAUGACAUUAUUUGACGGACUUGGGGUGGCAGCACAUGGAUUGCUACGAGGCAUUGGCAAACAGGGGAUUGGAGGACCAGCCAACUUGGUUUCGUACUAUCUCGUCUCGCUACCUAUCUCGCUGCACUUGGCCUUUGCGCUCGACAUGAAAAUCCAAGGCCUGUGGAUAGGUACCACCGUUGGGCUUAUUGUUGUCUCAAUUAUUGAGUAUAGUUUUUUGCUCGUGACAGAUUGGCGGAAGGCUGUCAUGGAAGCGGAAGCGAGAAAUGCCGCCGGCUGA